GUAUUAUGUGCGACUUUUUUGCCACUUUGUAUAUUUGAAAAACUGUGACAGGUGAAAUUUCUGACAUUUUUGACUUCAAAAUUGCCAAUAACUAAUCAAAAUAAUAAUUAUCCAACAUUUAUUUACAACAAUUUCAGCUCAAAAAUCAACCGAGAUAAGCCUUUAUCAAACAAGGACGACGACGAUGAUCCAAAACAACGUCGACGUUAGUUUGCGCGAAAUCACAAUCAGAGACGGACGUGGCGGAAAGUGCGCCGCUCCUGACGUCUCGACGUCGUUGUGCCGAUUUUUUACCGACUCGCAACAGUGACCUUCCGGCAACCGGAAAAUGGCGCAUCACGUGACAAAAAAGCGGGAAGACGAAGAGGAAAGCGAGAAUCCGGCGCCGCCUGACGGCGGCUGGGGGUGGAUGGUCGUCUUCGGGUCUUUUAUGAUACACGUUAUCACUGAUGGAGUGACGUAUUCGUUUGGCAUCUUUUACGACGAGUUUUUGGAUUAUUUCAAAGAAGGCAAAGGACUGACGUCAUGGAUAUUGUCGAUACUGGUCGGCGUUACGUUAUGUUCAGGUCCAAUAUCCAGCGCACUAGUCAACCGAUGGGGCUGCCGCCUAGUGACCAUAGCAGGCGCCAUCUUAGCCUCCUUAUGCCUAGUGAUCUCGUUUUGGGCGCCCAACGUCAUCACCCUAUGCGUCACCAUAGGCAUCGGCACCGGUUUUGGUUUUGGCUUAAUCUACCUACCAGCCAUCGUUAGCGUGACUACCUACUUUGAAAAAAAACGCUCACUAGCAACCGGAAUAGCUGUAUGUGGUUCCGGAUUUGGCACUUUUGUCUUUGCCCCUAUAAUUUCCAGAUUGCUAACAGAAUAUGGAUGGAGAGGCAGCAUUUUGAUUAUAGCUGGAAUUGUACUAGAAUGUAUCUUAUUUGGUGCAUUGUUUAGGCCCUUGGAAAACGAGCCAACUACUACUAAAAAAGACCAAAAUGUCUUGCUAAAACCAUGUGAAGGCCAAAUCGACAUCCACAUAUCCGACCACGAUAUUACCAAUUACAAUUCCAUUCAGAUAAAUGGCAACAACCAAAUGCAUAGACCGCACAGUGUGGCUCACUUCACAAUGCCCAAAAAGCACGAAAUGAAUGGUAACAUACCAAAAGAUGUUACCAGAUUAGCACUAAGCCAACCAAUGCUGACGCAAUCAGAAAUCCAUUAUAGGCCUCACCAUCGCAGACCUUUAGACCGUCCUGAUGUUUUCUACCAAGGUAGUUUAAUGAAUAUACCUUCAUACAGAUCAAGAUUGGACUUAAAACAUGGUGAACACGCUUUGGAACGCAGACACUCAACUUACAGCCACCGAAAAUAUCAUCACCAUCACAUUGAAACUUAUGAUGAAGAAAACUACAAAAUGUGCGGCUUGAUUCCUUGUUCACCCGAAACAAAAGACGCCUUAAGCGAAAUGUUAGAUUUUUCCUUGUUUAGAGAUCCGAUUUUUAUUGUUUUUUCCACCAGCAAUUUACUUACUAGUAUAGGUUUUAAUAUACCUUAUGUCUAUUUGGUACCUAAAGCAAAAGAUUUAGGUAUGGACAUUAAAACAGCCGGAAUGCUGAUAUCGAUUAUCGGUGCCGCAAAUACUGUCGGCCGAAUAGUUUUAGGUUAUGUUUCGGACAAGCCCUGGAUCAAUCGAUUGCUGGUCUACAAUUGGUGUCUUACUCUUUGCGGAAUUGCUACAUUCGCCAGUGCCUUCCUAGUAACAUUCUAUACGCUGGCCGCCUAUUGUGCGGCAUUCGGUUUUCUGAUUGGAGCUUAUGUGGGACUUACCUCGGUUAUUUUGGUGGAUCUUUUGGGUUUGGAAAGGCUGACCAACGCUUUUGGAUUGUUGCUGCUGUUCCAGGGGAUCGCUUCGUUGAUCGGACCACCGAUUGCAGGUAAAGUGACUUCACAGAAGUUUUUAAAAAGGUGGUUUGUACGAUCUGACCGCCUCCUACGACCCGGGUUUCUGCCUGGCCGGCGUCGCCAUAGCUCUGAGCGGUCUGAUCCUGUUUCUGAUCCCGCCGUUGCAGCGGGCGCAACUCAAAAAGACGGCGAACCAGAACCGGCGCGCUCAUUUGACAGGCGCCGGCGACGAAAUAUAGCAAUUACUGAACCCUCUGGCCGACGAGGUCCGGACUUACAACAGUUUAUGAUGAAAAUAAUAUUAAAUCGCUAUACAUAUCUUUUAUUAUAGGAGAGGGGGUUUUCAAGAUUGACAGAUAAACAAAAAUGUCAUUUGACUUUUUUGAAAACCCUUUUAUAGUGUAAAUUGGACCAUUAUUAUUGUAGUUGGACAUGGAUUCAGUUGACGUAACUGAUUUCAAUUGAAUUCAAUUUUAGUUGUAAAUAGUUUUUUUUUUUAAGACACUUGGUGUACAUAUUUUUUUUGACAGUUGUUAUCUGUCAGCUGUCAUUAAAAGUGAGCACUCAGUGCAAUAAGUGCCAUUAUUUUUUGUUUAUUAUUCAUAAGCUACUAGAUUUUUGAUACAUUUGUUUCUAUUUAUUUUGGUUUUUAAACUAUAGCUACACCACUUAAUUAAUGACUAUAUUAUUUUAUACAAUUUAUAGUAUAUUUAUUGAAUUCUAGAACAUUUUUUUAAUUAAGCUAAUUAUCUUCCAUAUAUAAUAAUAUAUUUAUCAACAUAAUUAAUUAUUAUUAUUGUCUUUGUAAAUUAGGCACAAUUUUAUACGUACCUAUACUCUUUAUGGCUGUGAUAUCAAAUUAAA